CAUAACCACAAACAUAACCUCAAAAUAAAUAUCAAUUCUCUUCUAAUUUGUUUAAUUAUUGAAAUGAAUAUUAAAUUUUAAUCAAAACAUUUGAAGGAAGUGUAUAAUUAGAACUAAAACUACUAAGUUUGUAUUAAGUGAACAGCUAAAUAUACGAAAAUACUUGGUACGAAACAUAAAAUGAAUGUUAACCUAUUGAGCAAAGUUAUACGGACAAGACCUACAAAUAUAUUCUUUCUAAGAUGGAAUAGUUCAGAAAAGAAGCUGGCCACAUACGAUCCCUUUCUCGCCAAACCGAAAAAGACAAAAGAAACAUACUUAGAAGUUAUUAAGUUAUUCGAAGACCAAGACACAAGGCGGCGGGGUCAUGUCGAGUUUAUAUAUGCCGCUUUAAGUAAAAUGAAGGAAUUCGGCGUUCAGAAAGACUUGGAAGUAUAUAAAGCUUUGGUCGAUGUUCUGCCGAAAGGGAAGUUUAUACCUACUAAUAUAUUUCAGGCAGAAUUUAUGCAUUAUCCAAAACAACAACAGUGUGCUGUGGAUUUGUUAGAACAAAUGGAGGAUAACGGUGUGAUGCCAGAUUCAGAAUUGGAGCAAAUGUUAUUAAACAUAUUUGGCAGAAGAGGGAUCCCCUUACGGAAGUUCUGGCGCAUGAUGUACUGGAUGCCAAAGUUCAAGAACCUAAGUCCAUGGCACUUACCUGAAGAGCUGCCUGGUGAUACCUUGGAACUGGCCAGACUUGCUAUACAAAGGAUAACGUCAGUGGACCCAGACACAAAGAUAGAUACUUGGCAGACAGAAGAAAUCGAAGCCUCCCUAGAUAAGACAUGGAUUGUGAGUGCCCAGAGUAGAACACAACAGAUCCUCUUAGCAGAACAGCCGCAGAAUGAACCGUUGGUUAUAAAAGGCCCUUUCAAUGUGUAUCUCCGAGACCAAGUUGUCACCUACUUUAUAUUGCUUGGAAAAACCCGACCGGACUAUAAAGAUGAAUCAGACACAGAUGAUGUUUCCAAUAUUCCAAGGCCACCAGGAAUACCAGGUGUUAUAGGAAAAAUAACACUACCCCAAGUCAAGAGCACAAUACAUGAGCAAGAUGAUGGUACAAUAGUAGCUAUCUGCGCUACAGGAACAUCAUCAAGAGAUUCCCUGCUAUCAUGGAUAAGGUUACUAGAAAGAAAUAAUAACCCCCUAUUAUCAAGUAUACCAGUUAUAUUUACGCUUGUGGCGCCACCUUGUGAUGUGUCGCUGUUUGAAACUCAGCCUGCUACUCAAAAUGAGAAAAAUGAAAAGACGGAAUAGAAAAUGAAGUGUUUUUAGCUGAGCCAAGUCAUCAAAAACCUAUCAAUAUUCACAUAAAUGUAUCUUGGACCAUUAUAGUAAAGUUAUCAGACCUGCCCCGGCUUAUUCAUCAUCAUGAUCAUCCCAUAGCCGGCCCACUACUGAGAACAGGUCUCCUCUCAGAAUGAGAAAUGUUUAGCCCAUGGUCUGUCACACUGGCCCAGUGCAGAUUGGCAGCCUUCACAUGAAAUUCUAAAGAGAACUCUCAGGCAUACAGGUUUCCUCACAAUACAUAUUUUCUUUCAUUGUUGAAGCAAGUGAUAGAAGAUAAGAAUAUUUAUUCAAUGACUUUUUUAAAAGUACAGCCUUUAGGGCUCCAAAAUAAUGAGUAUAGUCUGUUCACUAACAUAAUGUGGCUACCUAAGUGUUUAUUAUUUACAUUUUAUCACAAUAACCAUGAGAAUGAUAUUAUAGUACAUAUUCUAUUUUAUACUUAAAAAUAGAAAACAUUUACUUGACAAACACAGUAAAAAAUAAAAUGUGGGCUUGCACAUAUAGCAGCACUAUGCUAGUGAACAGGAUCAUAAUGGCAAAUUAUAAUAAAAUUGUUAUUUAUCUAGAAAUAAAACAAUUGUUUCUGUUCAAAUUGUUUUAUUUACAUUUUUACAGUUUUCCACAACUUUUUAUUUAGGAUUAGAUUCACAUUCUUGUUUCGAUUCUAUUUUAACUCACUUAUUAGAUUAGAUAUUAGUAACAGCCUCUUAUAACAAGUGUAAAUUAAAAAUUUAUAACACCCCCGACAAGUGAAGGUUACAGUAACUAGAAAAGAGCUGAUAACUUUCAAACAGCUGAACCAAUUUUCUUGGAUUAUA